AUUUCACUUGGAUUAUUUGGACUAUCUUCAAACAUUUACAAUUGCCUGGGGCAAUUUACACCAAUUUCCACAGCCUCAUCAGUAGCCAAGGUUAACGAUCUUACAACAAACCUUAAACAUUUAUUGUCGGCUUGGGUUGAUCCCGCGAUGGGAGAAGAUCCAGAAACAAUGAAGAUGAUUAAACGUCUGACACCAAAGAAGUACAAGGAGGAGUAG